AUAACAUCGCAAGAGUGUUUAUUAUCAGUAAUACAAAUGCUUUUCAAAAUAGCAAUAUAUUCGAAUUUCAUUGUUUAUCAACUUUUGGAAUUUUGCAUUGAAUUCUCAUGAUAGAAAAUGUUACCUUCGUGUCCACGUUGUAUUGAAACAAUCCGUUCAUUUUUAGUUCAUCGUCAGAAGUUUUGCUCCAGCGCCAGUUUACGAUCCGAAACUCGUCGGGUUGUCAUUACCGGUCUCGGAGUUGUUUCGCCGGUUGGUUGUUCGGUGUCGAAAGCGUGGAAUAAUGUUCUGUCGGGUGUGACCGCGGUGGGUAAGCUGACCGAUGCCGCGUAUGAAAAACUGCCUUGUCGCGUUGCCGCUCAAAUCGACAGCAAUGAGUUGAACGUCGAGACACAUUUCAGUAAAAGUGAACUGAAAACGAUGGCUCGCGCAACAGCGUUUACUUUGAUUGCAGCGAAAGAAGCACUACAAGAAGCAAAGUGGUCUUCUACAUUGGAAAACAUUGAUGCUGGUCAACGAACGGGAGUUGCGAUUGGUAUGGGAAUGAUAGAUUUAAUGGAUGUGUGUGACACCAAUGAGGCACUGAAGAAAGGCUAUAACCGAGUGAGUCCGUUUUUUGUUCCAAGAAUUUUGCCCAAUAUGCCAGCGGGACAGUUAAGUAUCAGAUAUGGCUUUCGAGGUCCGAAUCAUUCCGUUUCAACAGCAUGUGCAACGGGUGCUCAUUCCGUCGGAGAUGCAUUUCGAUUUAUCAAGUACGGUGAUGCAGAUGUAAUGGUCUGCGGCGGUGCGGAAGCAUCAAUAAGUCCUUUGGGGAUAGCAGGUUUUUGUAGACUGCGAGCCUUGAGCACUUCUUUCAAUGAUAAUCCUCAAAAAGCUUCCCGACCAUUUGAUACGAGCCGGGACGGAUUCGUGAUGGGCGAAGGAUCAGCUAUACUGAUCUUGGAAGAAUUGAACCAUGCUAAGGCGAGGCAAGCGAAAAUAUUAGGAGAAAUAUUAGGAUAUGGUCUUUCUGGAGAUGCUUCACAUUUGACAGCUCCGCGGGAAGAUGGGACUGGUGCAAUUUUAGCUAUGGAACGAGCAUUAAAAAAUGCAAAUGUUUGCCCUGAAGAUAUUGGCUACAUCAAUGCUCAUGCAACGUCCACGCCAAUAGGCGAUGUAAUCGAGGUUCGAGCAAUUAAAAAAUUGUUCUCUGAUAAUUGGCAAAACAUAGCUGUAUCGUCUACCAAAGGCGCACAUGGCCAUCUUCUCGGUGCUGCUGGGAAUCUAGAAAUACUAUUCACAGUCAUGGCUUGCCUAAAGGGCAUAGUGCCACCAACUAUAAACUUAGAAAACGUGAGUGACGAUAUGGAAGGAAUGAAUUUCGUUCCCAACAAAGCUCAAGAUUGGCCUUCUAGCAAUGGUAAACGAAGAAUUGCGUUAAAGAACUCUUUUGGAUUUGGUGGUACAAACGCGUGUAUUUGUUUAGGGGAAUAUCAAGAGUGAGUUCUAUUUAAUGAUUAGUUGACAAAAAAUUGUUUUAUUUGAAUCAGAA